GUUCGUGUGAUCCAAACAUACCAGAGGAGGGACCUUCAGCUCCCCCUCCUGGCUGGUUGGAUGACAUACAUGGAUACGUGGGCCACAAAGGAGGAGAGGAUGAGAACCCAUUGUACCCACCUCCCCCUGCCUACAACCCCCAGCCAGAGCUCAACAAGAACACUGUGGUGCCUGAUGUCAGGGUCCCCACAGUAUCGGAGGAUGUGGCCAGAGCUGCCCUGCUCAAGUUUGUGGAAUCGAAAUGGAGGUACAGCUCCAAACCUGCCAGGAACCUCACUUUCAAAGAACUCAGACCCCUCACUGUGUACAGGUAUCGACUGGAGACCUACACUGAGACCAGAACCAGCGGCUGGCAGUUUGAAGCCUACAAUGGACAGCCAGUCGAUGGUCCGCAGUAUGGUAUGAGCCCUCCACCGUGGGACAUUCCCAUAACGUUGCCUCAGAGAUACACCAACAAAGUGGAGAAGGUCCGUGUGCCACACUCAUCCUUUGUGAAGGUGUGUCACAAGUGCAACGGCUUUGGGAGAACUCGCUGUAUUACUUGUCAUGGUAGAGGCCAGAAGCGUUGUUCAAACUGCCAUGGCUCAGGGUUCAGAAGGAAGCCUGGGAAUCACAAGCGGUCCUCUGGGAAGACACGUUGUUCUUUCUGUCGCGGGAGAGGGCGUAAGAGGUGUAUCUCCUGUCAUGGCCACGGACACAAGACCUGCACUGUUUGUCACGGCAGCCAAAACCUGCUGCAUUUCAUCCAGCUCACUGUGACAUGGAAGAACAACAUAGCUGACUUCAUUCCAGACCGUCAGCCGGACUUUCCUGAUAAGAACUUCGAGCAGGUGACAGGAGAUCCUUUCUUCAUCGACGAGAAUCUUCUGGUGUACCCUCUCCAUGGUUUUCCCGAUCAAGAGAUCUGCAAUAUUUCUGCAAAACUGAUAAACGAACACCUGAAUUCCUUCAGCUCCACCAGCCGCAUCCUGCAACAGCGUCAGACCAUCGAGAUGGUGCCCCUGACUCACGCUUAUUACACGUACAAUGGAAAAGACUACAGCUUCUUCGUCUACGGUCUGGAGAACAAAGUCUUUACGGCCAAAUAUCCCUCUGCGUGUUCGAUUUUAUAAGUAAAAAUACAUGCCUAUGUGUAGUACGGGUCAUGUCUGUGGGAUUCGUGAAGGUUCACACAAAGGGCAGCAGGUAGAAAAAGCUGAAUCAUCCAUUUCAUGUGCCGGCAUUUAUUUACCCAAAAUCUAUCGUAGUGUUUGUUUACUGUGUUUCAGUUAGCUGAAAGUCUACUGUUAAUGUCAAAUAUGAAGAUAGGACUAGUGGUAGCUUCCUAAAUCCUUCAUAAUCAAUCUCAUUUACGCACCACUAUAAUCAUACAAGCCUGCAGGUGUCAAAGGUGUCAAGUUUUUGUGGAUAACCUGAUGUGUCUGGCAGGCUGGUAGCUGUUUUAGGUGCCUUAGACGAUUCUUGAUUGAAUUUCUAGAAUAUUAGCUUUAUUACGGUAUAUAUGUUUUUUCUGAUCCCUGUAGUGUCUGUCAGACUCCAUGUAAUCCAGCCUGAUAUAGUUAAACCACUGCAUUUUGUGUGUAUUAACAUGUACAACUACCUUCGCCUUCGGGUCGCUCCGCUGACUUUCUGAUGAUGAGAAGUGUAACAUAUUGAUAUCAGGCAACCACUACCUCUAUUGUCAGGUCAGACUGAAAAUAUGUGUCAUGGGAUCAGCAGCCUGUGCUUGCUUUUAUAAAAAUGCCUUUACAUCUCAUUCAGUAUAUCAGAUAUUUGUUGCCAAGAUAACAGAUAAUCUUUGAUUUAUAGACGUCUUCAUUAUCAUUUCUAUGGGCAGAAGCCAUACAUUACUCUAUUUGUACUUUGACUUCUCAUGGACUGAACAAAUGCUCAGUGUUAACCUCACUUUCUCCUGCUUUUAUAAACACAAAACAGAUAUUUUUUUAUAAUUUCUACAACCAGUCAAAGCCUUAAUAUUAGUAUGUAGAUUAGUCAGUUGUAAAUCCUCCUUAUUAUUGUUAUUGGAACAUUUGUCUUUGCGUCUCUGAUCUUUCCUUUCUGUUCCUUCCAGUCUAGUUUGAAACAGUUUUCUUGGAAAAGGUAAUAGCAUCAACACUACCAACAUACAUGACUGAUGGAUCGUGUAAAGCAGGUAAAUCAGAUAAAUCUCUAUGUUGGGUUUGAAUGGGACUCAGACUUUACCCCCCCCUGCUCUCUGUUCAUUAUUACCUAACCAUGAGAAUAAAUAAUAUGGAUUUAUUAAAGGGAUUUGGCUGAAAGCUCCAGGAUCAGACAGUAUUUUGUGAUAGUGGAGAUCAAAACACAACAGAGAGCCAAAGUGAAGAAAACCUCAUUCUAAAUCCCAGUUUAAAAGUUGAUAAAAGACUUUAGAAGAGACAUCUCUGAGUUUUAUGGAUGUGGAUACAAUUUUAUUCAAUUUAAGACACGACAGUGCCUACCAUGAGCAAGCACUUGGCGACAGUGGCAAGGAAAAAGGAGGUAGAAACCUUGAGCAGACACCGGCUUUAGAUGGGUUGGGUUUAAAGAGUGACAGAGAGAGACAGAGAUGCAUAGCAACAAUAAUAAGAAGAAUAACAACUAGCAAUAAUAAUAAUAUCCAAAUUAGGACAUUGGAAGUUUCUGUGCUGCUGCAUUUAAAGUUUUUUAUUCGCUCACAAAGUAAUUUUGUUAAAGUCACAAAGGUUUCAGUUUCUUUUUUUAUACUUUAUUGUGUCCAGACAUAUCUUCCAUACAUUUCAUGUUAUUUAAACAUUGUGACAACAUGUUUUACCUUUUUUUUUAUAAUCUUUUACCCAAACACAAACACAAAAAAGAAAACACAGUGCAUGCAUUAACAUUAUUAAUUAAUAAUUCAUUAGUAUAGAUGUUACUAAUCAUAUUGCAUGUGUACAUACAUAUUCGCAUAUACAUACAUAUCUAAAAGUAAGAAAGGUCAGGCUUUGAUAUUUUAUUAUGUAUGUAUGUCGGCUUCUACUAACAGUUCAAACCAUGAUUCGUCUAUAUUUCAUUAAUAUUUACAUUAUUACUCAGUGAAUUCAUUUCUUACAGCUGCUGCUGCAUUGGAGCUCAGAAUAUGAAAAGCAAACUUAAGAAACUUGCUUUGUUUUUCCAGAAAGACCGAUGAAAGAAAAGCUGAAUAACAGACUGUGUUAAGUUAUAGAAGCUAGCGGACAACAGGCUUUGAAUAAUUGAUCAGCUUAGUUAAAAGUUUACACUCCACUGCCUUGGGGACAAAUACGCCGUCAAAGUACGUCCACUGACAGUAGUAGUUUCUGCCACUGACAGACUCAAGGUUGUUCAUU